UGGAACAUAAUGAGAAAUCCCCGGAUGUGGACGUCAUAGUAAAACAAAACGGAAAAGAUACAAAUACAUAAAUUACGUCUUUCAAUCAAAUUUUUUUAAGUUUAAACUGUGAUAUUUCAUUUAAGUGACUUUCAAAGUGUGUGUAUAAUGUCAACACCAGCAAGGAGAAGAUUAAUGAGAGACUUUAAAAGAUUGCAGGAAGAUCCACCUGCUGGUGUCAGUGGAGCGCCAACAGACAACAAUAUCAUGUUAUGGAACGCUGUUAUAUUUGGGCCACACGAUACUCCAUUUGAAGACGGAACCUUCAAAUUAACUAUAGAAUUCACAGAAGAAUAUCCUAAUAAACCUCCUACAGUACGAUUUGUUUCUAAAAUGUUUCAUCCAAAUGUUUAUGCCGAUGGAAGUAUAUGUUUAGAUAUUUUACAAAAUAGAUGGAGCCCUACUUAUGAUGUUUCUGCCAUUUUAACUUCUAUACAGUCUCUACUUCACGAUCCCAAUCCAAAUAGUCCAGCUAAUAAUGAAGCAGCCCAGUUGUAUCGGGAAAACCGUCGGGAAUACGAGAAAAAAGUUGCUGCAAUAGUUCAAGAGAGUUGGAAUGAUGAUGAUGAAGAUGAUGUUGACAACGCAUAGCAUUAGCUGAAAACAUAGACAAAACCUUUUUUGAAAAAAAAUAUAAAUUUGUGGUGAUGAUAAUGUAACACUUUGACGUCUUUCAAAUGUUGAAAGAUCUGCGACGGGAAUUUUGUUGUGACCAUACAACGUAUAUUCCAAGUUUUUAACACUGGAAUAUGGUACCCAUAAUAUUCCAUUUUUAACUGAAUGUUAAGAUGUUGCAUUACUCAAAACUCAAGAACAGAUGUGGUGGUUUUGAACAAAAAAAAAGUAAAAUUUUAUGAUAGAAUUUAUCGGAAAUAUGAUAAAUUAUUAAAAAUAUGCAGGGUUUUUCAUCCUGUAGUCCAGAUUUAUUCAAGGCAGAUUUGUUUUGUUCCCUAUAUAUACAGAAACUCUAUUCUAUUAUGCUCUGGAAAAGUCCCUGUACUCUGAUGAAGUUCAUAUUCUGAUUAGUUUGAGUCUUUUGAGCGUCUUACUCUCUGUAAGAUUAUUGUACCAUCUUUGCUGUUUUAAUGUGAACUUUUCCUGACUGUACACUCCUUUAGUCUUUGUAAUACAGUUUUCAACACUAACUAUAUGGGCAUUUGUUUUGAAGAACCAUUCAUUUCUUGGCUUAAUUCAUGUGCCAUUGUUUGAGUGAAUGAAGUAUGAGUUUUAUGUCAGAAAAUCUGUUUCCUGGUAUUGUUAACAUAAAAACACCUGUGAAAAUGUUAAGCCUUGUAUAAUCACAUAAACGUUUGAAUUUGAGAAAAUGUUUCAAAAUUGGAGAAUGGCGAGGUGGUAAUGUUUUGUGUAAAUGUUUGGGUUUAAGGAGUUGCUAGGGGGAAAACGGACACAAAAUAUCAGAUAUUGCGACAUAUAAACCUUGUUCAUUUAAACUUAAGAAAUUCCAUAUCAUUUUCAGUUGUUUAAGUAUAACUUGAUUUAGUGGUUUGCAAGAAUGAUGUCUACUUCAUUUUCAAUUUACGAUUUUUAGCUCACCUGUCACAAAGUGACAAGGUGAGCUUUUGUGAUCGCGCGGUGUCCGUCGUCCGUUGUCCGUCCGUCCGUAAACUUUUGCUUGUGACCACUCUAGAGGUCACAUUUUUCAUGGGAUCUUUAUGAAAGUUGGUCAGAAUGUUCAUCUUGAUGAUAUCUAGGUCAAGUUCGAAACUGGGUCACAUGCCAUCAAAAACUAGGUCAGUAGGUCUAAAAAUAGAAAAACCUUGUGACCUCUCUAGAGGCCAUAUAUUUCACAAGAUCUUCAUGAAAAUUGGUCAGAAUGUUCAGCUUGAUGAUAUCUAGGUCAAGUUCGAAACUGGGUCACAUGCCGUCAAAAACUAGGUCAGUAGGUCUAAAAAUAGAAAAACCUUGUGACCUCUCUAGAGGCCAUAUAUUUCACAAGAUCUUCAUGAAAAUUGGUCAGAAUGUUCAGCUUGAUGAUAUCUAGGUCAAGUUCGAAACUAGGUCAACUGCCGUCAAAAACUAGGUCAGUAGGUCUAAAAAUAGAAAAACCUUGUGACCUCUCUAGAGGCCAUAUAUUUCACAAGAUCUUCAUGAAAAUUGGUCAGAAUGUUCAUCUUGAUGAUAUCUAGGUCAAGGUCGAAACUAGGUCAUGUGCCUUCAAAAACUAGGUCAGUAGGUCAAAUAAUAGAAAAACCUUGUGACCUCUCUAAAGGCCAUAUUUUUCAUGGGAUCUGUAUGAAAGUUGGUCUGAAUGUUCAUCUUGAUGAUAUCUAGGUCAAGUUCGAAGCUGGGUCACGUGCGGUCAAAAACUAGGUCAGUAGGUCUAAAAAUAGAAAAACCUUGUGACCUCUCUAGAGGCCAUAUAUUUCAUGAGAUCUUCAUGAAAAUUGUUCAGAAUGUUCACCUUGAUGAUAUCUAGGUCAAGUUCGAAAGUGGGUCACAUGCCAUCAAAAACUAGGUCAGUAGGUUAAAUAAUAGAAAAACCUUGUGACCUCUCUAGAGGCCAUAUUUUUCAUGGGAUCUGUAUGAAAGUUGGUCUGUAUGUUCAUCUUGAUGAUAUCUAGGUCAAGUUCGAAACAGGGUCAUGUGCGGUCAAAAACUAGGUCAGUAGGUCUAAAAAUAGAAAAACCUUGUGACCUCUCUAGAGGCCAUACUUGUGAAUGGAUCUCUAUAAAAAUUGGUCAGAAUGUUCACCUUGAUGAUAUCUAGGUCAAGUUUGAAACUGGGUCACGUGCCUUAAAAAACUAGGUCAGUAGGUCAAAUAAUAAAAAAACUUUUUGACCUCUCUAGAGGCCAUACUUUUCAUGGGAUCUGUAUGAAAGUUGGUCUGAAUGUUCAUCUUGAUGAUAUCUAGGUCAAGUUUGAAACUGGGUCAACUGCGAUCAAAAACUAGGUCAGUAGGUCUAAAAUUAUUAAAAUCUUUUGACCUCUCUAGAGGCCAUAUUUUUCAUGCGAUCUGUAUGAAAAUUGGUCUGAAUGUUCAUCUUGAUGAUAUCUAGGCGAAGUUCGAAACUGGGUAACGUGCGG